UCCUUACACUGAUGCAGAUCUACAUAAAUCUGUAAAAAUUAUUGAUGGGUAUUUGAGACAAAAAGAGUUCAUAGUUAUAAAUCUGAAUAAACCAAGAUCUGAAUCUUUUUCACUCCGAUGGGACACCCUUCUUGAUCUAGAAAAAGAAAUCGAAUUAUUACUUGACGCAAUGUCCCAACCGCUCUACGAGUUAACCAUUCCUUUUUAUUUUCUCCGAAUUGGGAUAGGAAA